CCAGCUCUCGGCUCCCGGCGCCAUGUGAGGGGGGUGAGGGGGCCGCGGGGGGCCGGGCGCUCCCCGGCGGAGAUGAGGAAACUGAGGCUCAGAGAGGUCACAUGGCUUGCUCAAGGCCAUCCAGCCAGUAAGUGGUGGAACCGGGAUUCGCACUGGCACCUGACAUGCUGUACUGACCAUGGCCUUCUCAGAGCAGGAUUGUGACGGGGCUGGCCAGGGCGACGGUGGUCCUGGCUGAGGGCACUGCUCAGGCAAAGGUGUGACCCCACAUACCUGCCCCCAGGGCCAUCUGCAGGACGCCGACCCCUACCCCUCAGCAGACACCAGAAAGAGAUGAGUAACAACAAAGAGCAGCGGUCAGCAGUGUUCGUGAUCCUCUUUGCCCUCAUCACCAUCCUCAUCCUCUACAGCUCCAACAGUGGCAAUGAGGUCUUCCAUUAUGGCUCCCUGCGGGGCCGCAUGCGCCGGCCUGUCAACCUCAAGAAGUGGAGUAUCACUGAUGGCUAUGUUCCCAUCCUUGGCAACAAGACGCUGCCUUCCCGCUGCCACCAGUGUGUGAUUAUCAGCAGCUCCAGCCACCUGCUGGGCACCAAGCUGGGCCCGGAGAUUGAGCGAGCUGAGUGUACGAUCCGCAUGAAUGAUGCACCUACCACGGGCUACUCAGCUGAUGUGGGCAACAAGACCACCUUCCGAGUGGUGGCUCAUUCCAGUGUAUUCCGGGUGCUGCGGAGGCCCCAGGAGUUCGUUAACCGGACCCCUGAAACCGUGUUCAUCUUCUGGGGCCCCCCAAGCAAGAUGCAGAAGCCCCAGGGCAGCCUUGUGCGUGUCAUCCAGCGGGCAGGCCUGGCAUUCCCAAACAUGGAAGCCUACGCCGUCUCUCCUACCCGUAUGCGUCAAUUUGACGACCUCUUCCGGGGUGAGACGGGCAAGGACAGGGAAAAGUCCCAUUCAUGGUUGAGCACAGGCUGGUUUACCAUGGUGAUCGCGGUGGAGUUGUGUGACCACGUGCACGUCUACGGCAUGGUUCCUCCCAAUUACUGCAGCGGCCCCGCCUGCAGCGCACGCCCUACCACUACUAUGAGCCCAAGGGGCCGGACGAGUGUGUCACCUACAUCCAGAAUGAGCACAGCCGCAAGGGCAAUCACCACCGCUUCAUCACUGAGAAGAGGGUCUUCUCGUCCUGGGCCCAGCUGUAUGGCAUCACCUUCUCCCACCCCUCCUGGACCUAGGCUACCCUGCCUGUGGGACCUCAGGAGGGGUAUAGGAGAAGUGGCUCUCCUCCCAGUGAUUCAGCUAUGGGCCAUCUUCUGGCCAAUCAAGGCUAGCUGGAGUGUCUCUUAGUCAAUCAAGGCCUUGACAAGGAUGUAUCCUCCAGCCAAUCAGGGCUUAGGGGUAUCCCUUGGCCAAUCAGGGAUUUGGGAGUCUAUAUGGUUAAUCAGGGGUGUCUUUCUUGUCCUGUCAGGGUCUGAGCUUAGUCAAUCAGGGUACAGGGGUAUUUCUGAGUCAGUCUGAGGCUAAGGUCGUGUCCUUUCCCAUGAGGUGUUGGUUCAGAGCCCCAGGAAUAGACUCCUAAUCACUCCCUCCUGGGUUGGGACAGUGGGGUCCUGUCCCAAGGAACUGGGAACUUGGUGUUGCCCCCUCAAUUCCCAGAAUCAGAAAGAGAUCAUGUGGUGGGUGGAAGCUGUCUGGAGGCCAAGCCAGAGAAUUUGUGGAAUUGAAGAGAUUGUGGGGGUCGUAGAGAACCCCAAAGGAGGCCAGCGUCUGGGUCUUGGCUCUGCCCUGAAUGACCUGGACAAACCCCUGCCCUCUCUGGGCACCCUUCUUCCCGUGUCAGGUUCUGAGGUGGUCUGAGAUCCCUUCCCACAGCCCCACCAACCGCCCUUGGGCCUGAGUCUCUGAGAUUGAGUCUCCCAAGCACUGUCCCUUGCUGGGAGGUUCCACCUCCUGGAAAACUUAAGGAUGAUUUUGUGUAAACUGCCUCAGAGUUGGGGAUCUCUAACUGAAAUGAGACAAGCCUUCUGCUGUUUUCUUAGCCCCUCAGCCCAGCUGUCCUCAGCUUGGCUCUUAAAGGGCCAGGCCUCCUUCUCUGCCCUCCCAGAGUGAUAUUGCCACUUGUCGAAGGAGACUUUAGGACUAAGAAAGGGGGAUCCAAGCCACACUGGGUUUUCGUUAGUCCCUGUCUGGAGCUGCUGAGGGCUGAGGGUCCCCCUCCAAGCUGGCCUGGGAUGGCUGUAGGGAGCUGGGAGCUAUGUCCCCUGGCUCCACAUCAGGCACUUUAUUAAAGCUGGGCCUCAGUUGGAUGUGUUUGGCCCCUGCCCUUUGGGAGCCUGGCAGGGAAGGGCUUCCAGAAGGAGACUGUGGGGUAAGAGGGAUCUGCCAGGGUAGGCCAGCAGUGAGCUGUUGCACAUUGGGGUAAUGGGGGAGUGGUGACUGCCCCAGACUUGAUUUUGUAAUGAUUUGUAUAGGAAUAAACAUACCUGAGCUCUGG